UGUCGUAAAGAUUGAAAAACAUGAUAGAAAAGUGAAAUGUGUGUGUUUAGGUCGGACUUUUAUGACCAUAAUUAUUAAUAUAUGUUAAUGCUUGCUCAAAUGGAUUAGAUUAAAUGAAUGUAACGAGGAUUAGCAAAAUUAAAGAAAUUUGAAAAGAAUGAAUAAGAAGAAGAAAAUCUAAAAUUAAGUAGCAGAAAGUGUAAACUUAACAAAACGAAAUGACAACGUACGCAGUACAUAUCCAGUCAAAGAAACUGUCAACAUCAAACCCUAAUUUGAAGGCUGUAGGACAUAAAGGGUUAAAGUCCGGUCAUUCGAGCAGGGUGGAUCACCGCUCCGAUGUACGAUCUCGGGCACAUCUUACAGCAACGCCACAUAGUGCAAGCAAACAGACUUCCGCACAAAAUAAGCCUCUGACAGAUGAAGAUCUUGAAACGGUUCUUGAUUUCUCAGAGGAAGAGGUACCUUAUGAUGAAACGGGAAAGAAAUGUUAUUCCAGAGCGUGUCAGAAACUGGACGUUGUUCCGUCUUCAUACAUACUGACAAAACUUUCCAACUCAAAAACCAUAGAUUGUAAACAUUAUGGUCUAGGACCGAAGGGAACGAUGGCAUUAUCUAUAGCUCUUGUUAUAAAUUCCAGAGUUUCAUCAUUAAAUCUUCGAGGAAAUGAUAUCGGUCAAAAGGGAAUUUCAUACAUACAGAAAAUGAUCAGUGAAAGUCAUACAUUAACAGAACUCAAUAUUUCAGACAACAAAAUUGGCAGUUACGGGGCUAUUGCAAUACACAAAAUGCUAGCUGAUAAUCGCAGCUUACGUAAACUAGAAAUGUCAGGUGAAGAGUUUACAAACUCGGAUGCUGUUCAAUUAGCAAAAUCAAUUCAGGACCACCCGGAGCUGGAACAUGUAGACCUUAGCCACAAUAAUUUUGGGGAUGAGUCAGCUGCCUUAUUUGAAGAAAUGAUAUCUGAAAAUAUUGCACUACAAACAUUAGAUCUCAGUUGGAAUCAGUUCAGGAAAGAAGGUGCUCGUCAAGUAGCUAAAGGCCUAAAGGAAAACAUUUAUAUAAAGGAUUUCAACUUCUCAUGGAACGGUAUUGGAGACGAUGGUGCCGUCGAGUUUGCCAAGGCUUUAAAAGUCAACACGGUGCUGACGUCACUUGACCUCACGUGCUGCAGAAUUGGACAUGAUGGAUUCAUGAAACUCAUUACAUCGUUAAACUUGAAUGAGUCGCUGACUAUUUUGAAGGUUGGAAAGAACAACAUACCUGAGGAAUUUGCAGAAGCAGCACUUGCAAUUCUUAGAAACUAUCCAGCAUUAAAACUAGAAACUCUCGAUCUUACGGAUUGUACAUACAGUCCUAAGUUUGAAGCUCAUAUACAGAACCUAAAAGACAUGCAUCGCCACAUAAACAUCUUACAUGGAUACGCCUCAAACUACGGAAAGAACAAAUCAGAUUCUGUUGCGGACAUUUUAAAAGAAGGACUAGAGUGUCUAAGAGACUUCUGCAAGGAAAAUAAUGUGUCACUAGUGGAACUGUUUGAAAGAUUCGAUUCUGAUGAUUCUAUGAGUGUUAGUUUACAGGAAUUCCAGGAAGGAUUAAAGGAGGCAGGUGUUCCAUUAUCACUAUACAAAAUUGAAAUGUUUGCAAAUGCUCUUGACAAAGAUGGGGAUGGAGAAGUAGACUACAGUGAAGUCUAUCAAGCAAUGAUGACGUUAAAGGUACCAGCAAGUGAGAUGGUGUUACAGAUGAAGACUGCUGAACAAACGUAAAACUGAGACAUAAGAUGCUAGCUUGCCAUUUUUCACAGUGACUAAGCUGAAAACAUGUGCUAAAUCAUAUCACUAUUUUGUAUGGAAUGUUAAUUGUACAUGCUUAAAAACAUAUUUUGAUGACAGUCUGAACACUUGGUUUUGAUGAGUUCACGGUACACCGGCUAUACUGAAGGUUUUGUGUCGCAGAAUAAUGUAUUGUGCUGUUAACUUUUAGUUUGUACUCCAUACCAUACCAUACGAUUUACAAAACUGAUGUAAUGUAAUGUAUAAAUUUAUAAACCAUAUAAUCACACUUUUAUACAGUUACAUGUCCCCUGAAUGAUCAGAUACACGGUGCCGCCUACCCCACAGAUUGGCACAAGUCAAACUACGUUUUCGUUAUCUAAUAAAAAUGCACUGUUCUAACCAAAAAAUUUAUUUUAUCUACAUGUAUAUUGUCUAUACUGCUUUGGGAAAAACCUACGUUCGCAGUCCCAUCAGCAUUUUUGACUGGCAAAAAGGUUCAACUCUUAACCGCCUUGCAACCUAGUGAUAGAGCACAAACUACAGUGUGUGAGGUCAUGGGUUCUAUCUCUGGUCGCGUCAUACUUAAAAAUGGUACAUGUAGCACGAUUACUUUGCGCUCAUCACACUAAAAUGAUGAUACCAAUAAUGUCAAAGGUUUAAUCAAGAAUGAAGAGACGAGAGUGAUUCAUAUAAAACAUAGAAAUCGUGAUACAAAUGACCUAAAUAUAAUUGUAUACUCGAUAUUAAAUGAAUGAACUACACCAACCAAUACUAGUUUUCGACAACUAAAUCUGUCAAGUUAUGAUACCAUGUGUCAAGUUUCACAAAAAAAAAAAAAAAAAAAAAAAAAUAUUCCCCGCCGUUACAUAAAUAACUGAAUUACUGUUGAAAAAUGGCGUUAAACCCAAAGCAAACAAACAAACAAAAAUAUUCAGUUGUUUUAGUUUAAAAUUAUUUUUUAAAAUAUGAAUUUUCGAACUUGACCAGUUUUAUCAACCGUUGUCCAUGGUUACGCACACAUUUCUACGACCGAUCUUAAAAGUCAGAUUUUAUUUUACUUUAUUGUUUUAUCAUAGUAAAACGUUUUGUAUAAUGGGUCAAUUAAGUGUGGUAGAUAUUUUAAAAGAUUCCUCGUGUAAGUUUCCAUCCAUUGGUUGCCGACAAUUCAACCUUACUAAGGAUCACCUAUCACCGUAUGUACCUGUGGCAAGUGUCUUAGUAUGUCUAUGGUUCUAAUAGAUUUUUUUUUUCAACCAAAUUAAAUACAAAGUUGUUGAGAAAUAAAUAUUUAUUUUUCA